CUUCGUUACGGAAGGGGACUACCGAGCUGGAGCCGAAGACGCGAGCGUCCCGCUGGCGUCCGAUGUUCAAGAAGUUCGGGGUAUUGCAGAUGGCCCUAGAGGAGCUGGAAAUCGUGCGUGCGAGCUGACCUUGGAGCAGGCGUAGCGGGUCGCGGCAGAGGAGCGGGCUUGGAGAAAACUUCGCCUAACGCUCAGCGGAUGGCCGGGGCAGCGAAGGGAGAGGGCGAGGAACAGAGGUGCAAAGGAGACCGCGAGCGUUCUACUGACGCGACGGCGCAGUUUGGAGGAGGUACUGCUGACAAAGAGAGCGAGACAGCAGGUGCCGGAGUCGUCCUGGGACGAGGCCUCCACCUCCCUCCCAUCCUCACUGAGUCACCAGGCCCACCCCUCACACUUUACCAGGGAAUACGACGUCACCGUGGCAACUGGCUCCUCUCUCGUUCAAGAGUA